AUGGCUGUCAACUUGCAGCUGAAUAAUUUAAGCGCCAUUUAUCCAUCGCUCAUGUAUGUGGCCGCCUCCUCCUCCUUUUCCUCCUCCCUGCGGGGAUUGGGACUGGGAUCGGGAGUGGGAGUGGGAGUGGGUGGGCUGCCGGAAAACAUAUCCAUCGUGUACGAGGAUGCGGCCAAUGGGACAGGAGGAGGAGGCGGUGCAUAUCCCAGCGGACCGAACGGUACGGAUGCAGUGGCUCUCACCGAACCCGGACCUACGGCACCCGUGACCACAUUUAAUUACUACAAUGAGUCGGCGGCGGCCGCCGAGUGGGCGCACUUCUACGAUCUGGUGCUCUCCUGGCAGGGCAUCAUCCUGAUUGCCGUCUUUGCCACCUUCAUCGUGGUCACCGUCAUCGGGAACACCCUGGUCAUACUGGCCAUAUUGACCACGCGCCGGCUGCGCACCAUUACCAACUGCUUUGUGAUGAGCCUGGCGGUGGCCGACCUCCUCGUGGGCAUCUUCGUCAUGCCCCCCGCCGUCGCCGUCCAUCUCAUAGGCUCGUGGCAACUGGGCUGGGUGCUCUGCGACAUUUGGAUCUCCCUGGACGUGCUCCUCUGCACGGCCUCCAUUCUCAGCCUGUGCGCCAUCAGUGUGGACAGAUAUUUGGCCGUGACCAGGCCGCUUACGUACUCCCGUAAACGGCGCUCCAAACGAUUGGCCCUCAUCAUGAUCCUAAUCGUCUGGCUGCUCGCGUUGGCCAUCACCUGUCCUCCCAUGCUGGGAUGGUACGAGCCAGGACGCAGGGACCUGCUCGAGUGCCGAUACAACCAGAACGAGGGCUACGUCAUCUUCUCGGCCAUGGGCUCCUUCUUCAUACCCAUGGCAGUCAUGAUUUAUGUGUAUGCAAGAAUUUCCUGUGUCAUUGCAUCCCGGCACGACAAUAUGACCGACAUAAGUGUUCACAACAAGAAAUUCAAGCGCUACACGGCAGCGGACGUAGAGAACGAGCUGUCGGAGCAGGAGCAGCACAGCUCCGUGGGCCAGCGCCAGAGACAGGCCACAUCGAGGACGUUCUCCAACCAGACGAUAGCCAAGGAGCUCCACGACAUGAUGCUCAGCGACAGCGACAAUUGUGCGCCAGUCGGCGCUGGAGGAGCAGGUGGUGGGGGAGGAGCAGGAAGUAGUGCCACUGGCGGCACCCACUGUCAAUCCCUGCUGGCUCUGCCCUCCGGCGGAGGAGGUGGCUCCAUGGGCUGCGCCAAGAAUGGGUGCUACGAACUCACACGACCCUCCUCGCUGAAGCGCGCUUCCACCGCCUCAACGACCAUUACCACAAUGACGAGUGGCAUGGGGCCGGGCAGCAGUCUCCUGGAUGCACAGUGGCAGUCCCAGCCGCCGGGCCAAACGGGGCAGGUGCAGACCCACUCCCUAUCGCAGCCACCGCGAACACACAGCUUUAGGCAUUCGCACGGGGAGCGGGACCGCGAGAGACUGCGGAGCCAUCAUCACCAUCCUCAUUAUCAUCACCAGGCGGGCGUAACCACGACAUCGACCAGCGGGAACACCAGUGCCAACACCAACAGUAAAUCGCUGUCCAAUCGGAUUACGUCGCUGAAGAAGGAGAACAAGACCACUCAAACCCUGAGCAUUGUGGUGGGUGGCUUUAUCGCCUGCUGGCUGCCCUUCUUCAUCAACUAUCUGAUCACCCCCUUCCUGGCCGAGCACCAGGCCAGCCAAAUGCUGGCCAAGGCCCUCACCUGGCUGGGUUGGUUCAACAGCGCCAUCAAUCCCUUCAUCUACGCCUUCUACAGCGUCGACUUCCGGGCGGCCUUCUGGCGCCUCACCUGCAAACGCUUCUUCAGCGCCGGCCAGAAGCCGCAGUUCCCCACGAACACCAUGUCCAUCAGGCGAUAGAGUUGGACUGGGCUGGACUUGCCUGGAAAGAGAAACACAGAAAACCUCUCAAGCCCUGAACAAAUUGCCCGCACAUAACAUAUUAUUAACAUAUUCAUUAACUUUAGACGCGUCGGCGGCGAAAAAGGUGUGGUCCCUAAUUGCACCCACAGUCCAUGUGUAAUUGUUCUCCAGUUUCUCGUAUAGUUUAUUUCAUCGUCAGGGUUUGCUUCCGAUUCUGGAUCAUUUUGCCACUUAGGAGACGAACCUCGCCCACCGGCAAUUCCACUGCUUUCAGUUGACCUUUCAGAAAUGCCAAGGCAUUACAGCAUUUUCAAACAGUCUAUAGGGAAGCUUCUUAACUCAGAAACUCAACCGAUAUAAUAUAAAAUAUAUAUUUAUUAUAUAUACUUCCAAAUUUUCCUAAGCUUUGAGAUAAACAUUUCCAUUGCUGCUAAUAUUUAUGGAAAUAGUAUAGAUAAAAGGUUGAGCCACACAAUCUACGUAUCUCAUAAAUGCCAUGAAAAUCAUUUUGUGAUCCAAAUUUGUUUGCUAGUCAGGAAAAAUAGAAAUUCCAUCGAAGUUAGUGACUCAUUUGCUUUAAAACCUUUUAGUAGAAUAAUGUAGAAAACAACAUUGACUUAGUAAAUUUCGACUUAGUGAAGCUUGACUGUACAAAGAUGGCAAUACGUGUAUGUAUGCGACUGCAGGCAAGGAUUUCAAGGUUUUUUUGCAUGCAGAACCCGUGGAAAAUCUGAUACGCAGCACGUAUCGAUUUAGUAAUUUCCGCGCGACUUUUCCGCUCAGCGGGCGGCGCCUCUAAAAUGGCAACAUUUUCCUUGGAUGUUGCUUUUUGCCGGGCCGUCAAGACAACUUGGACUUGGCCAGUGGCACAGACAGCGCAGAUGGAUGGGAAAACUUGUUUGUAUGGCUCGCCGAAAUUGCGGCCAUUCCUCGAGCUCUAAAAUUCAGCCGCAUGCUUUUGCGUAGGUUACCAGUUUGGUGGUGACCCCGAACCACUUCCGCAUUCCCUUUUGGCGCUUUACGAUGCAGCUAGCUAGUCCCCAACGUACUUAAGUUUAGUGCAGGCAUAUAUAUCAUAUAUAUCAGUAAAUAUCACUGUAUAUCAUAUCAACUGAUAUCAGGACAUCAUAAAGAAUAUGGCCCAGAGAUACGAGUUGAUUGAUUUACAUGGAGGAGGUACUGAAAUCAGUGGAAUAUCUGGGGGCUGGGAUCAAGUUGAUAAUUAGCUUUAAUCAGCUUUAUCGGAAUACCAGUUAAAAACAGUUACUGUGAUUUAGUUUAUAGUUGAAGUUGAAGCUGAAACUUCAAGAGUUUUCCUUUAGUCUUAACAACAUUAAGUGUGUGCUGUGCGUGUGUGAAAGUAAGUUUGUGUGAAUGGGUUGUAAUGUAAUUUAUAAUUUAAGGCAUAAUUUAUUCAGGCCAUCAGCAGCUUAGCUAACCCCUAAGUAGGACUAAUCUUCGCGUUGUACCAAGCAAUCUACUUUUCGAACUCCAUCCAUUGCCGGCGGCGGUGUGAAGUCAUAAACGCAAUCAAGCAAUGCGCCUACGACAUAGAGAUUAAGUCAGACGAAACUCUCAUCAGCAUGCCAUCCUUCUUCCUGAAUCCUUCUGAAUAUCUGAUUUCCGGAAUAUCAGCUCACAUCACGUCAAGCCUAACAAGUCAAAACAGAUGCUUCCGUCCCGUCCAAGGUGAGGAGCAAGCUCGGCGGAUGGAGCUCAUCAUCAUCGCACGCCCACCAAUCAUAUUGCAUAUCGCAUACUCGUAUAUCUCAUAUCGUCUCAUUCCGGCUGAUAUCACAGACAUAAUCCGCAUAAUCUGCAUACAAAUAUAUGUAUAUUUAUUAAUAGUUGUGUGUGUACGAAUAGCAAGUUUUUGGAAACGAACAAAUAAAUAGACAAUUCGAAAAGACAAAACUCU